GACCCUCAGCCCAGAAGCUCGGAAGCAGCCCUGCCUUCAGGAUGGUUCCCUCCAGGCAAGCAGCUUAUUUCAUUUGCUUGUUUGCUACAGUCUCCUGUGGAUGCCUAUCUCAACUACAUGAGAAUGUCUUCUUCAGAGGCGGGGAUGUGACCGCCAUGUACACCCCGAGCACCCAUCACUGCCAGGUCAUGUGCACCUUUCACCCCAGGUGUUUGCUAUUCAGCUUUCUCCCUGCAAGUAUAACUAACAGCACAGAUAAAAGGUUUGGUUGCUUCUUGAAAGACAGUGUUACAGGAGCUCUGCCAAGAGUGCCACGGAGAAGUGCAAUUUCUGGACAUUCCUUAAAGCAAUGUGGUCAUCGAAUAAGCGGUAAGGUGUGGAUUCCUCAGCUCAGUUUGCAUGAAUAAUGAGUCUCCCUAAGA